GUAGAAAUUUCAUGAAUUAAGUAUGAAUUCAAAGUUCCUUUCUGAAGAAAGUAGUGUUCAUUCAAAGUUUCAAAACUCGAUUUUCUUAGACCCCAACAUCUCGCGCCGUGUGAUUAAAGGCGAUAGAAUUGUUGUGCUUCUGUAAUGGCGGUGGAUUUCAACUGCAGCCACAGAUUCGUCGUUCAUUCCAUUACAUUUCAUCCAUCUGCGAUUCCUUAAUCUGUACUCUGUUCCUCUUGUAACCGCAACUGUGAUAGGAUCUCCAUUGGAAGCUUUAGAUCGGUGGGGCGAUUUUGCCCUUGCAGUUGAUUAGCUCGAGCCAUGGCGGCGAAGCCCAACUCGGUUUCCUUCAGGGUUCCGUACAGGAACAUCCAUGAUGCAGAAGUGGAGAUGGUGGCUGUCGAUGAACAGCAGCUUCAAGGGAUCGAUCUCAAUUCUCCUCCUUCUGAUGGAUUUCCUAAUGGAAGCCCAGACAGUUCAUCGUCAGCGCCUCAUGUUAGAUCUACGCCCAAUAGUUUGAUUAUCUUAAUUCUCAGUUGUACUAUCGCUGCCGGUGUUCAAUUUGGUUGGGCAUUACAGCUUUCCCUACUAACGCCAUAUAUUCAGACACUCGGAAUUGAGCAUGCGUUUUCUUCGUUUAUUUGGCUUUGCGGUCCCAUCACUGGGCUCGUGGUUCAACCAUGUGUCGGUAUAUGGAGUGAUAAGUGUUCUUCAAAAUAUGGAAGGAGGCGUCCCUUUAUUCUUGCUGGGUCUUUAAUGAUAGCAGUUGCUGUGGUGUUGAUUGGAUUUUCUGCUGACGUUGGAUAUAUACUAGGAGACACGAACGAACACUGCAGUGUAUACAAAGGUACACGAAUGAGGGCGGCUAUUAUAUUUGUAAUAGGCUUUUGGUUGCUUGAUCUUGCAAACAAUACGGUGCAGGGUCCUGCUCGUGCUCUUCUAGCUGAUUUGUCAGGUCCUGAUCAACACAAUAUUGCAAAUGCGGUAUUUUGUUCAUGGAUGGCUGUCGGUAAUAUCCUAGGUUUUUCGGCAGGAGCUAACGGAAACUGGCACAAAUGGUUUCCUUUCCUUUUGAGUAAUGCUUGCUGUGAAGCCUGUGCGAACCUUAAGGCAGCAUUUCUUGUUGCUGUGCUUUUUCUAACCAUAUGUACUCUUGUUACCAUAUAUUUUGCCGACGAAGUUCCACUUACUGCUGUAGAUCAACCGCCACGUUUAUCAGAUUCUGCUCCUCUGUUGAACGGGAAUGAACAAAAUUGUCCUGAUAUUUUAAAACCAGAACUUAACAGUUUGAAUGGGAGCAAUGUUGAGUAUGGAUAUCAAGAAAAUAGGAAUUUGAAAGAUUCAAAAUCAAAAAUUGAGGAGAAUCACAGCGAAGGGUAUUAUGAUGGUCCUGCAACAGUGGUAGUUAAAUUAUUGACCAGUUUAAGACAUUUACCACCGGCCAUGCAUUCAGUGCUUCUUGUGAUGGCUCUUAGCUGGUUAUCCUGGUUUCCCUUCUUCUUAUUUGACACGGAUUGGAUGGGAAGGGAAGUGAACCAUGGGGACCCAAAAGGCAGUUUGACUGACAAACAGGUUUAUGAUCAGGGUGUCAGAGAAGGUGCAUUUGGUUUGCUCUUGAAUUCUGUUGUUCUUGGUAUCAGUUCUUUCUUUAUAGAGCCAAUGUGUCAGCGAAUGGGAGCAAGACUUGUCUGGGCAAUGAGCAACUUUAUGGUGUUUGCAUGCAUGACGGCAACUACUAUUAUCAGUUUAAUAUCCGUCAGUCAGUACUCUGAAGGAGUCGAGCACGUUAUCGGGGGAAAUUCAUCAAUAAAAAAUGCUGCCUUGGCUGUUUUUACUCUUCUUGGUUUUCCACUCGCUAUAACAUAUAGUGUUCCCUUCUCUUUGACAGCAGAAUUGACGGCUGAUUCUGGUGGUGGGCAAGGAUUGGCUAUAGGUGUUCUCAAUCUUGCAGUUGUUAUUCCCCAGAUGAUUGUAUCCCUGGGAGCUGGGCCAUGGGAUGCAUUAUUCAAUGGAGGAAACAUUCCUGCAUUUGCUUUGGCGUCUAUAUGUGCUCUCGCGGCUGGAAUUGUUGCAGUUCUUAGAUUGCCUAAUCAAACCAACCGCUCUUUCAAAUCCACAGGUUUUCAUUUUGGUUAGAAACACUGCAUCCAUCAUAGUUUUGAAACCAACUAGAAGAGUAUGCAUAUGAUCUCUGGCAGUGAACCAAAUAAUUCCUGGAGUAGCUCUUAGAAGCCUGGAUGAUCUCAUAGUACCGUAUACCUUCAUUUAAACUAUAUGCAUUCAGUAUUCAUAUUCAUUGAUUUUUUCUUCCCAGAUCUGUGGGUAUCUAUACCAUAGGUAGUGUAAAUUUUCGGUUCCUAAGACGAAUAAUGAAAAUGUUUCAGUUCCAUGUUUAUGUUACGAUAAACAUGAUUUGUUAUAGAGUGUUGUAUAAUCAAUCAUAUACUUAAUAAGCAUUCCUUGGUGUUUUGAUGUUAUUGCAUUGUGGCACAAGGGUUGACUGUGGAUGCACGCUUGAAAUGUAGCUUGAAAGUUUGUUAAA